AUGGACAAUCAACUCAUGACAAGAGUUCCUCUGGAACCAGCGCUUAUCAGGCGAUUUUAUAUCCCGCUUUUGUUACUUGUCUGCCUUACGGCGAUGUGCCCAUUUGGAAGAGUCGCAGAGUACCCACUGGCCGAAGCAUCAACUAGCCUUGAGCCACUCUUUCAGGCGUUUGUGUCGAAAAUUGCCUUUCUCUGCUGUACAGAACCUGGAUCUAGCACAAUUUCCGCUUGCACGGUACUGCAGCUCCCUGAUCGUGUCCAAUAUGUAUUUGGGUUCAAUCAGCGUAACAGAAGCCAGUUGGAAACAGUCCAGCUUGGUAUAACUAAGAUACUCUGGCUUUUCGGCACGCGCUCUGGCCAAAACAAAAAGACAGAUGACCAGAUACGGACCGAGGCUUUGAGAGCAUCGCUCGAACUAUCUGAGUGUCGAGUUGGUAGCUAUUUGAAGGCUUUGAACGAUAGUCUGCAGCAUUGUCUACUCGCAUGUACGCGAGACGCUACUGGAGAUGACAACCCGAUUCGAGCAGAGCUCUUAAAUCUAUUCGAGAAGCUCAAGCCAUGUCUUUCCAAUCAUGACGCGACUUUGAACGUCACUAAAUUACGUGUCAAUCAUUCUGCUUUGCCAGACUUGAUAAGUUCCCUGAACCGACUUUUCAAGUCCGAUAACCUCCAUCACAUCAGAACUCGUCUGGCUCGUGAGGAUGACUUAGGAUCAACAAGAUAUUGGUCGGAUUUUACUCACGUCGCUGGACGGUUGCAAAGCUACAAACGAGCAGCAGAUGUAAUCCUUUCAGUCUCAAAGGUUUGGCCUCGCCUAUUCCUGGACUUUCAAGUCUGUAUGAUACCAUCCAGCUCUAAAACCCCCGAGAUUCUUAAGGGCAAGCCUUUGACAGCCGAGGAUAUUUCUCGAAAGAUUACGAGUAACCAAAAUUCAUUUCUUCGCUUCCAGGAACAGCUACAGUACCUCUCAGUACACAAUCUCGAUACCAAGCUUGCUGAAUUGUGGCAUGAUGACCCGAAGCCAAUUGUACAUGCGGAAGUACUCGUACAUAGCUGGUUGGAAAACUCAGAAGGGGGGAUACGACCAGAGAGAUUCUUUAAUCGCUGGAAGUUCAUUGGCUCAAGCAAACCUCCAUGCAAGCUAUGUUCUUACUUUUUCGAUGAGCACCCGGGUGACGUGCAAGUUCGUCCGUCCCACCAGAACGUUUAUUUUCGCUGGAGGACGCCAGAUAUCUAUGAGCACCAAGGCGAGGAGGCUCGAAUGAUACGGAUGAACGUGAUGGACAGGAUCAAAACGCGAGUGGGUGCAGAUAUUGCGCGCAUCAUGUCGGAAAGGCUAUCAGAUGGGCGACCUCAUGACUCGAGCGCAUACACAACCCUGCAGCAACACGGUGACAUCCCGGGUCCACACGCCAGCCCUUACUCUGUUGAAGCAACAGCUCUACUUUUGGACUCCACUUCCAUUUCUGGUUUACCUGAUGAGACGAUUGAUGAGAAUGAUGGAGAGAUUUUGCUUUUCCGAGGCAGGUCAUCAACAAACAGGUCGGUGCCAGGAAAGUUGAUAUAA